GUAGCAGCCAGGGACACAGCAGGUGAAUCCAGGCAUGUUUAUUCAAACGAAAAUCUGAUAAACUUGUUAUUCUAUUGAAGUUUUGUAUAAUUUAUUUUUGUUUCGUUCUUCCUCGCGUUGUUAUCAAGCCGAUCGGCCUCGAAGCGGAACUACACGUCCCACAAUGCUUACAACUUCCUGUUUUGUGUCCUAAGCAGACUGAACGUUAUGCUAUGGAUUCUGUAGAUGAGGACGUGUCUGCUCGAGUUCUCCUGCAAAGGGUAAUUCAUACGGAGUCCUCCAGGUCCCCAAUUACCCGCAGUGCCUCCCAGGCUCAGUUCCAGUCCCCGGGGUCCAGAGUCAGACGUAGUAUCAGACUAAGGAGGAGUGAUGUUGGGGCCCUUACACCACAGGAGGCCCUCAAACAGAGCAUCAAAAAUAAGCUUCGAGAGAGCACUUCCAGGUUUUCCCUGCCAGUGCCACCCAGUAAGAGACGGACUAUAUCAGAGGGAGUCAGGAAGAUGAACAUGCCUGCACCAGCCACAGCCUCGCUUCUCUAUGAUGAUGACAUCACACCUAGAUACCUACUCAGGGGGAUCCUGCAGACAGAGCCGGAGACAUCCCUCCUGGUUCAAGACCGGCCAGUCAAGAAGGAGCCAGAGCUGCCUUACACAAACUCCAGUCUUCACAGCAACCGCCCAAGUACAGGGCUGUCUGACUUGGAUCUCCCUGACAUGACCACCACAGUAAACCUGUCAAAUACGGUGAAGGGACUAAGCAGGAAGCGACCACGUCGGAGUCUCAACAUAACAGCAUUCAACAGGCAGCUUGAACAUGAAGGUGGAGAGGGUGAAGUUGGCAGUGCAACAGAAAAAGACCUCUCAUCCCUGUCUUCUGCCUCUCCAAGCUCUAUCACCUUCUCCCUGAAAACACCCUUUGUGGAUGUUCAGACUGAGAAAAGUGGAUUUCAAAGGAAGGUAACAAAUCGUAAAAAAAUUUGCCUUGAGGAGUUUGACAAGGCCCUACAGAAUCGACAGGCAGCGAUGGGUGGAGACCCUGAGUUGAGUGUUAGGGAGGAUCAGCAGGGUCUCAGUGAGACCGUUCGGUCUGAGGGGUUCACCUUGGGACUGAGUGACCUCACCGCUCCUGACAUCACCCAUGACAUCAUCACCAGCAACACAGCGCUCUACUCCCUGCCUGUAGACACAGCAACAACCUUCACUAUCACCACCCAGGACAAAGACACCAUCACAGGAACACAGAUCCAGCGAGAAAUGGGAGGAAUGAAGGAUGAGGAUGAGAAAGAUAUGGAGGGGGUAGAGGAACAAAAUGAGGACAAGAUGGAAUUAGACAACAAAGAUGGAGAGGAUUUGGCUGGAGAUGCUGGGCAGAGAGAGGACUCAGUGAGACAGAAGGAGUCCAAAUCACAGACUGAAGAAGUAGAAGCGGUAGCUGACUCCCAGACAGAAGAAGAGGACGAGGUGGCUGAAUCUCAGACAGAUGAGGACGAGGUGGCUGAAUCUCAGACAGAUGAGGACGAGGUGGCUGAAUCUCAGACAGAUGAGGACGAGGUGGCUGAAUCUCAGACAGAAGAGGACGAGGUGGCUGAAUCUCAGACAGAAGAGGACGAGGUGGCUGAAUCUCAGACAGAAGAGGACGAGGUGGCUGAAUCUCAGACAGAAGAGGACGAGGUGGCUGAAUCUCAGACAGAAGAGGACGAGGUGGCUGAAUCUCAGACAGAAGAGGACGAGGUGGCUGAAUCUCAGACAGCAGAGGACGAGGUGGCUGAAUCUCAGACAGCAGAGGGCGAGGUGGCUGAAUCUCAGACAGCAGAGGGCGAGGUGGCUGAAUCUCAGACAGAAGAGGACGAGGUGGCUGAAUCUCAGACAGAAGAGGACGAGGUGGCUGAAUCUCAGACAGAAGAGGACGAGGUGGCUGAAUCUCAGACAGCAGAGGACGAGGUGGCUGAAUCUCAGACAGCAGAGGGCGAGGUGGCUGAAUCUCAGACAGCAGAGGGCGAGGUGGCUGAAUCUCAGACAGCAGAGGGCGAGGUGGCUGAAUCUCAGACAGAAGAUGAUGUUGCAGAUGAAGGGGGACAGGUAGUGGAAGAAGGGCAGGAAAAAAGAUUGGCAUCACAGAGUUUAACACACAAUGAAAUGCACAUCAGUCGGAGAGCUUAUUGCUCAGAGGGUGGCGGCAAGGUUGCUGGAGUGAUUGAAGGAGGGAGGGGCUACAAGAGCAUGGGAGCAGCGCUCCAUCCUACAGAGACUGGUGAGACAGGUUGGGCAGGCAGAAGGUCAGAGGGGGACACGGCUGGUGAGUGGCACAGCGGGCCGGAGGUAGGCGCUAGUGAGAGCGCCCACACCCGCACAGUAACCCUUGGCAGUGUCCCUCCCUCCCUGUUGCCCCAGGAAGAUGAGCAGGAGCUGGAAGGUUUGAGUAGAACUGGCACCAGCCGUGGCAAUGAGGAGAUGGAGAACUCCAUGCCUCCUUUAGAGAUGACCUUUGAACCUGAGAACAACGCCCCUCACAGCAGCAACUCAUCCCUGCACCCCAUCACUGCCCAGAGCCCAGCUGAGCAUGAGGAGGACUGGGAUGAUGUGGAAGAGGAGGAUGGUAUCCGGAGUGAAGAGCUGUCCAUGAAGACUCCUGCGUUUGUCAGAGAGAAGAGGAAUGCUCUGCCUAUUGACCCCCUGGCCACACCCACUGUUCUCAAAGACCUUCAACCAAGUGUUUUGUCUGGUGCUGGAGCUGCGGUGAAGCCCAAAGCGGUGAGGGGAAAGCGGACUGGAUCAGCCAAGAAGGAUCCUGGUCUCUCUAAGAGCUACAUCAUGAGCGUGUUCAAACACUUCGCCAAGACCAAGGUGUCUACAGAUGUCUAUCCUGUCCUAAAGGAGAUAAUGGAGCGCUACUUUGACCGACUAGCUGAUGACUUGGAAACGUUUGCUGCUCACGCCAAGAGGAAGACCAUUGAGGUAGAGGACGUAGAGCUGCUGAUGCGGAGACAGGGGUUUCUGACUGACAGCAUGCCAGUAAAUGUGUUGAUUGAGAAAUAUCUCCCAAUGGAAUCCCGAAAGCUCCUCAUUCCCGUGGCAACAAGUGGUAACUACGUCAUUCCCAAACCGAGGAGAAAAUGAUCAGCCUAUACUGAGAAUGAUCAGCCCAAAUCAUAAUGUGGGCUGAUGUUGUAUAUUUGAUUGAAUAUCUAUGAACAGCUGUUCAUGUAUUAUUUGUAGACAGUCAUUCAAACACAGCCAGUACAAGACCAUGUAACCUGGUGUAAAUGUGUUGUAUUUGUUUGAAUAUGGCUUUGUCUUUUUAUAUUUGUCGAAAAUAUUACUGCAAAAAAUGUAUUUGAUUUAUUCAGUAGUCUGGCAUUUGUAAGGGCCUUUGGAUGAGAAAGGAGACUGAGGUUAGGAGUGGCUUGGCUUCCAUCAAAGCAACCUGAAAGACACAACCAAUACAAGCACUGUAGUUUGUAGAUACUAAUCUAAUGCCCUCUGUUCUCAUGCUGCCCCCAGUUUUCAAAAUCGACCCAGCUAAUCACAGUACAGUCAGAAUAAAAAAAGCAAUCAUUCAAACUUUCGCAUUCGAUACUUUGGGGUGUGAUCAUUACUCCAAUUCUGUUUCAAAACGUUUUGCAACAAACCAUUUACUCCAAACAGAAUAUGCAAACGACCGUUUCUAUUGGACUAAUUCAGGUAGGCCCGUUUUCGUUUGCCUUGUUUGCUUCCGUUUGGUUCUUGGUAAACGGUCAGUUUUCAGGCAGUACACACCGACUGCGUUAUGGUACACUAGAAGUACAUUCAUUUCCAGUGGAAUGCUGCGUUUGCCUUGCAGCAUUGCGUUGGAGGCAGUUGUAAUGUGUUGUGUAGUAAAUCGAAUGUAUGCAUUAAAUUGUAUGCGUAGACUAGUAGAAUGUUGAAUUUUUGUUGCACACAUAUGCAGUAAAAAAAAAAGUGGGAUUCCAUAAUAAAAAGUUUGAUUGCAUAAUUUCUUUACAUAUUUUAUUAAUUUAUUUGCCAAGUAGCACACAUAUUUAUUCGACGAAAUCCAAAAAUCUACCUCCAAAAUGCAUAGUUUUGGAGCGAAAUGCAAUAAUAAAUAGUCGAGAUACCAGAGUAGGCUCUUUCAACAAUGAGACCAACAUUGUGGAAGGUGGUCUUGAUCGCGCUGUUGGGCCGGUGUUCGGGACCAGCCCUGCGGAAAGCGAAGGUCUCUGUGGGUCCAGCAGGAGAGUUCCACCGUGUCAUUCAAAAGCUUCGACUGGAGAGGAAUUUCGAAGUUACUUUCGUCUGGACCGCAGCCAGUUCAAUCACCUGCUCCAGAUUGUUGGAGCCAGGAUCGCCUGGAUGGAAACUGUAAGAAAUUGUAAUAGAUACUGGAAACUGGUUAUAACAACUUCUCAACACAAGCUAUACUUUGCACAACAUGCACCCAUCCCCCCUCUUCUCCCAGACACAUUCUGCUCUCAUCAGAUACCAACCACAGACACAGACACACACCCACACCCAGAACAGGCCCCUGCAACAACAACACGCACACCCAUUCUUUUCAAGGUUGGGACUCGAAGACAAAGAACAAUGUUAAGAGCCAAUGGAACGUCGACACCAGGCCCGAACAGGACUACCCACGACCCAGAUCAACCAAUUCGACGAACAGACUCCCAGAAUAUACCUACGUCAUUUUACUGUAUAAAAUAAAUGCACACCAUGUUUCGGGGCUCUUUUCCGAUAGUUCCCUAAGAACUGAACGAACGAGUCCGUGCAGCACGCUUUGCCAGAUAUCUUUACCUUUGAAUAAACUGCCUUUACUAUACCUUAUCCACCUUGUCCAGUGUCUCAACUUGGUCUCAGUUCUCCAGUAACUGUUUUAUCAACAAAACCAACUACCGGGAAUCCAUCAGCCCAGUUGAACGCCUGGCGAUUUCUCCCAUUCUUGGCGACGGGACUCCUACAGAACCAUGGGAUUCAGCUUCGGAGUUGAACGGUCCACAGUGGUAGGCAUUGUCCCCUCUGUGGCACAAGCCAUUUGGGACUGUCUGGUUGGUGAAUACAUGUCUGUCCCCAAGGAGGAAGACUGGAGGGCCAUUGCUGCCGAGUUCCUGGAGAGGUGGAAUUUCCCCAACUGUCUUGGCUCCAUUGCCGGGAAACAUGUAGUAAUCCAGGCUCCACCGUGCUUGGGUUCGCAAUUCUACAACGAGGGUACAUAUUAAGUUGUACUCUUGGCUGUUGUAGAUGCCAUCUACUCUUUCCAUGUCGUCAAUGUUGGUGCUUACGACAAGGGAAGUGAUGGCGGGACCCUCCGGGACUCUGCCUUUGACCAGGCACUUCAGGAUGGCACCCUGGAGAUUCCACCACCUGCAUCACUCCCUGGUGCUGAAGAUCUGGGACCUGUUCCCCACGUCUUUGUCGGCAACGAGGUCUUUCCUUGAGACCCAAACCUCCCUAGGCCCUACGCUGGACACCAGCUGCCAUUGCCAAAGGCUGUAAGGAUCUUUAACAAACGACUAUCCAGGUCAAGGUUAGUUGUUGAAUGCAUCUUUGGGGGUCUGGCAGCCCGAUGGAGAAUGUUUCGGAGAGUGCUUGAUCUCAGCCCCUCAAAUGUCGAUGCCUGCGUGAAGACCACAUGUGUUCUACACAACAUGUGUUCUCCACAACUACCUGCAGAGGUCAUUCCAGGAGCCACUCCGGAUGGAGACGGGCACGCCAAAUGGUCACCUACCUGAUGUCACCGGGGCAGGUGCCAACAACACCCCCAGGCAGGCACUCCAGGUGAGGGAGAAGCUGACAACCUACUUCAUCGCCGGCAGGUGAAGUUCCAUGGCAGUAUGCCGUGGAGUGAAACGGCUCUUAAGAGCCCCCUAACACCAAGGUUAUUUUAAGAACCAUCUACCGUUGUCCACAAAAUAGCAGGACCUCUGAGGUUACAAGACACAGUUAGUAUGAUAAUGGGAAAAUGUAACCUAGGGUCCAUACAAAUAGUACAGUUUACCACCAUCUUCACUGGUCUGACAAAAUGCAGGUGGAAAAAAAACAAUUAGGAAGAUAAUGUGUUUUACUUUCAUCUUGUCUUAAUUAGCAGAUUAAGUCUAAAUGAGAUAUUAAUAAACAAAUGAAACUAUGAAAACAUAAUUUAAUAAGUAUUCAAGUACAGGAAAGAACAUGACAGGUGUGUGUUGUAAAAAUGUUAGUUUUUUUACUAUUGAAAGAGGUGUGUGUGUGUGUGUGUGUGUGUGUGUGUGUGUAAAAAUACAACAAUUAAAUGUGUAGCCUGUAAUCUGUAUGAGAACAAGAGCAUAUAUUUUUUUGCACAACUGCAGACAGAUACAGGGACUACUCCAUAAAGCCUAUACGUAGUAGGGAACUUCAGACAUUGCCAUAAAGAAAGAAAGGGCAGGGCACUGGAGAUCUGAGGUACAGAGAGGAGAGGUGUGUGUGUGUUUGAAAAAACUAAAAGUGAAUGCAGCCACAAUACAGAUAAACACACAUUUAACCUUUAGUAUUGUAAAUGAACAAGAAAAUCAAUUCUCAGGUGUGUCAGUAUUCAUGCAAUCUAUGUACAACUAAUAAUGAAUGCUAUCCUAAAUAUUGAGAAACGAUUUACUUUAUGAGUUCAAUGAAUUGUAAACUAAAAAAAGUCUACUAACAAGGACAUAGUAAGCGGAAUAAGGACAGUUGGAAAAUCUCAAAUGGAGGACAGUUGAAAAAUCUCAGUUGCAGUUCCUUGAUUCCUCACAUCUGUCCUCACCUCCCACUCAAAACCCAUUGGAGGAGAAGGUCAAAACAACAACCAGACAACUCUUCCUCCUGUCCUUCCUGUGAGCUGGUCGGCUAAAUUGACACCAUCUCUGGAAGGGAAGAGAAAAACAACAUACAAGCAUUCGCCAGCAGCAUACCACCCUGCAUACCACUGCAGGCUUGGUUCUGAAGCUAAGCCGGGUUGGUCCUGGUCAGUCCCUGGAUGGGAGACCAGAUGCUGCUGGAAGUGGUGUUGGAGGGCCAGUAGGAGGCACUCUUUCCUCUGGUCUAAGAAAUAUCCCAAUGCCCCAGGGCAGUGAUUGGGGACACUGCCCUGUGUAGGGUGCCGUCUUUCGGAUGGGACGUUAAACGGGUGUCCUGACUCUCUGAGGUCAUUAAAGACCCCAUGGCACUUAUCGUAAGAGUAGGGGUGUUAACCCCGGUGUCCUGGCUAAAUUCCCAAUCUGGCCCUCAAACCAUCAUGGUCACCUAAUAAUCCCCAGUUUACAAUUGGCUCAUUCAUCCCCCUCCUCUCCCCUGUAACUAUUCCCCAGGUCGUUCCUGCAAAUGAGAACGUGUUCUCAGUCAACUUACCUGGUAAAAUAACGGUAAAAUAAAUAAAUAAAUAAAUAAAAUUACAUAAUAUAACACCAUAAAAUGUGAGAUUUAUGUUAACUAAAUACUGCUUGUGUAGUUUGUGGCAUGAAUGUUGGAGAAGUGUGGUACAGUUGGUAAUUCUGGCUGUUUACUCAUGGAAUUUGUAUUUCAGAUCAAAAGAUGAAUAUGACAGGCAAAUAUUUAGACAGCAAACUGUUGUUUUAGGAUAUUUUCUAUCCCAGAAACAGCUAUACAUUUGCCUCAUAUUAAUCCUUUCAUCUGAAAUACAAAUUAGCCUACAUGAGUAUACUGUAAAAAUGACCUACUUUACUAAUCAAAACUUAUGACACUACCUGUAAUAUGUUGAAAAAAAAAAAAAAAACAUUGAACUUGUCAUCGAAAAGCAGCAGAAGAAUUUUAAUCUUGACUGCUGCUUUUCUUUGCUGAGGCAGCCUCUUCAGGGUUGGCAACAGGCUCAUUGCAAAGAGUGUCUUUUCAUCCUCAAUGUGAGGAUCAGGUUGGGCUGCAAAUCCUCUCGACGGCUUGGAGGAGCCUCUGCUGAAAAGAGUUGAGUGGAUCUUUGUUCCUCUUCAUUUCUCCAUGUUUGUCUCCACGGCCACAUCCUGUUCAAGGUCCUCGGUGGUCACUUCCAUGAGGGUCAUAAUAAUCUCAGGUGUUCCUAGAUCCAGGGGUGCUUGCUCCAUUAUCAUCUUCCAUGGUUCCAUGGUUCCAUGGUGGUGGUCAUACUUGUGGAUGUUGUAGAGGGUCUCGCUGCACUGGUGAUGGUCGCACUAGUAGAUGACAGAGGGUCUCGCUGCACCGGUGGCACCCAUACUUGUGGAUGAAGUAAAGGGUCUGGCUGUAAAAUUGCCACUCGUUUCCCUAGGCACAAUAAAUGGAUCCAUAAAAUAAAGAAUGUGGCAGAAGCACCAAGGCUGCUGGCCUGAAGCUGCAGACUCAGACCUCUUCUUCUCUUUCUCUGCCCUUCUCCCGCUCUGAUACCUGUCCCCGUGUCCUCUCCACUUCCUCCCACAGUCUUCUUCUAUAUAGACAUGAACAUAAGCCAAACCAUCACUGAGCAUAACUAUAGUUAUUAGAUAGCUAUCAUGGACAUGGCACCUAAUGUACAGAGUUAUUUGACCAAAUGAUCAGGGGUAGUAUCUACCAUCAUUUCUAUUAAUUUGACAUUCCCACACUCUCACACCCUCUUUCAAACAUGAUUAUUUGGGCAAGUUAUCAGGGGUAGUAACUAUUUAUAUUACACAAACACCUCAUUGGCUAGGUCAGCUAGCCACAUCUAGCACAAGCUCACUACUAAACUGACAAUCCUACUGUCGUGGACACUUGUCUCCAAGCAGCAUUUUUUUGUGUCAAAAAGACACGGUUUUGAGGACACUGCGAAAAUGAUUCUCUCCAUGUGUCCAACCGCAUUCGACAGUCUGGAAAAGAUACCUGCAUCAGUAUAGUUGCCUUGCUGCAUAAAAUGUAAUGCUGCAUAGUGGCAAAGCACUGUCGGUGUGUUCGAAACGUAAUCCUUCUGUAGCCCUCCCCUACGCAGCGAACAGAAACAUUAUUUCGGUGAAGCUCCCAAUACAUCAAGACCCACGUCUCACGCCAUUGGCCGUUUGAUAGCCAAUGGGCUCUCAGUAACGCUUCCAUUGCCGCGUCCUAGGAGAAGCGUUCUGCAUUCCUCGUCCAAAGCGGCAAAGUAGCUAGCUAGCAACCGUCGGAGAACGACAGUGAGCUAAAUAACAUGCUAUAUGUAAAUUGAGCACACUCGCUAACGAAUUAGAUAAAUUCUACUCGUAAUCCUCUGUUUUUUUAGAUACAAAACUACAGUUAUGCUGGUGGUGGGACUGCCUCGCUCUCCCCACUUUGUCUGUAUAACGUUAGUUGCACUGUGUCCUGCUACCAGGUCCCCUAAGGCAAGUUUAAUUUUUUUUUUUAACUAGGCAAGUCAGUUAAGAACAAGUUCUUAUUUACAAUGACUGACUAGCCCGAACCAAACCCUAACGACAGUGGAUCAAUUGUGCGCCACCCUAUCACAGCCAGUUGUGAUACAGCCUGGAAACGAGCCAAGGUCUGUAGCGACGCCAAUAGCACAGACCCUGGAAAGAGGUUGAUAACAAUGAUGUACAUAUGUCUGUUUAAUAAAGCUGAUUAUCAGUCGAUAAAAAAAAACUUGUCUAUUACCACUAAACUUUUUGGUUUUGAAUAUAUAAAUAUGUUAAUUAUCUGCCAAUCAGCUGACCCCUGUGUCUUCCCCUUAGGAGAAUACUUACCGUGCAGUACCGAAGAGCCCUCACUGCUGCUCGAUCAUCCUACUUUUCCAACUUAAUCGAGGAAAAUAAGAACAAUCCAAAAUUUCUUUUUGAUACUGUUGCUAAGCUAACUAAAAAGCAGCAUUCCCCAAGAGAGGAUGGCUUUCACUUCAGCAGUAAUAAAUUCAUGAACUUCUUUGAGGAAAAGAUCAUGACCAUUAGAAAGCAAAUUACGGACUCCUCUUUGAAUCUGCGUAUUCCUCCAGGGCUUAGCUGUCCUGGAUCUGCACAGCUCUGCGAGGGCCUGGGAUCGGGAGAGACACUUAAGUGUUUUAGUACUAUAUCUCUUGACACAAUGAUGAAAAUAAUCAUGGCCUCUAAACCUUCAAGCUGCAUACUGGAUCCUAUUCCUACUAAACUGCUGAAGGAGCUGCUUCCUGUGCUUGGCCCUCCUAUGUUGAACAUAAUAAACAGCUCUCUAUCCACCGGAUGUGUACCAAACUCACUAAAAGUGGCAGUGAUAAAGCCUCUCUUGAAAAAGCCAAACCUUGACCCGGAAAAUAUAAAAAACUAUCGGCCUAUAUCGAAUCUUCCAUUCCUCUCAAAAAUUUUAGAAAAACCUGUUGCGCAGCAACUCACGGCCUUUCUGAAGACAAACAAUGUAUACAAAAUGCUUCAGUCUGGUUUUAGACCCCAUCAUAGCACUGAGACUGCACUUGUGAAGGUGGUAAAUGACCUUUUAAUGGCGUCAGACCGAGGCUCUGCAUCUGUCCUCGUGCUACUAGACCUUAGUGCUGCCUUUGACACCAUCGAUCACCACAUUCUUUUGGAGAGACUGGAAACCCAAAUUGGUCUACACGGACAAGUUCAGGCCUGGUUUAGAUCUUACCUGUCGGAAAGAUAUCAGUUUGUCUCUGUGAAUGGUCUGUCCUCUGACAAAUCAACUGUACAUUUCGGUGUUCCUCAAGGUUCCGUUUUAGGACCACUAUUGUUUUCACUAUAUAUAUUUUACCUCUUGGGGAUGUUAUUCGAAAACAUAAUGUUAACUUUCACUGCUAUGCGGAUGACACACAGCUGUACAUUUCAAUGAAACAUGGUGAAGCCCCAAAAUUGCCCUCGCUAGAAGCCUGUGUUUCAGACAUAAGGAAGUGGAUGGCUGAAAACUUUCUACUUUUAAACUCGGACAAAACAGAGAUGCUUGUUCUAGGUCCCAAGAAACAAAGAGAUCUUCUGUUAAAUCUGACAAUUCAUCUUGAUGGUUGUAAAGUCGUCUCAAAUAAAACUGUGAAGGACCUCGGCGUUACUCUUGACCCUGAUCUCUCUUUUGACGAACAUAUCAAGACUGUUUCAAGGACAGCUUUUUUCCAUCUACGUAAUAUUGCAAAAAUCAGAAAUUUUCUGUCCAAAAAUGAUGCAGAAAAAUUAAUCCAUGCAUUUGUUACUUCUAGGUUAGACUACUGCAAUGCUCUACUUUCCGGCUACCCGGAUAAAGCACUAAAUAAACUUCAGUUAGUGCUAAAUACGGCUGCUAGAAUCCUGACUAGAACCAAGAAAUUUGAUCAUAUUACUCCAGUGCUAGCUUCCCUACACUGGCUUCCUGUUAAGGCAAGGGCUGAUUUCAAGGUUUUACUGUUAACCUAUAAAGCGUUACAUGGGCUUGCUCCUACCUAUCUUUCCGAGUUGGUCCUGCCGUACAUACCAAUACGUACGCUACGGUCACAAGACGCAGGCCUCCUAAUUGUCCCUAAAAUUUCUAAGCAAACAGCGGGAGGCAGGGCUUUCUCCUAUAGAUCUCCAUUUUUAUGGAACAGUCUGCCUACCCAUGUGAGAGACGCAGACUCGGUCUCAACCUUUAAGUCUCUACUGAAGACUUAUCUCUUCAGUAGGUCAUAUGAUUGAGUGUAGUCUGCCCAGGAGUGUGAAGGUGAACGGAAAGGCUCUGGAGCAACGAACCGCCCUUGCUGUCUCUGCCGGGCCGGUUCCCCUCUCUCCACUGGGAUUCUCUGCCUCUAACCCUGUUACUGGGGCUGAGUCACUGACUUGCUGGUGCUCUUUCAUGCCGUCCCUAGGAGGGGUGCGUCACUUGAGUGGGUUGAGUUACUGACGUGAACUUCCUGUCUGGGUUGGCGCCCCCCCUUGGUUGUGCUGUGGUGGAGACCUUUGUGGGCUAUACUCGGCCUUGUCUCAGGAUUGUAAGUUGGUGGUUGAGGAUAUCCCUCUAGUGGUGUGGGGGCUGUGCUUUGGCAGAGUGGGUGGGGUUAUAUCCUUCCUGUUUGGCCCUGUCCGGGGGUUUCUUCGGAUGGGGCCACAGUGUCUCCUGACCGCUCCUGUCUCAGCCUCCAGUAUUUAUGCUGCAGUAGUUUAUGUGUCGGGGGGCUAGGGUCAGUUGGUUAUACCUGGAGUACUUCUCCUGUCUUGUCCAGUGUCCUGUGUGAAUUUAAGUAUGCUCUCUCUAAUUCUCUCUUUCUCUCUGAGAACCUGAGCCCUAGGACCAUACGUCAGGACUACCGGGCAUGCUGACACCUUGCUGUCCCCAGUCCGCCCGGCCUUGCUGCUAUUCCAGUUUCAACUGUUCUGCCUGCGGUUACGAAACCCCUACCUGUCCCAGACCUGCUGUUUUCAACUCUUAAUGAUCGGCUAUGAAAAGCCAACAGAUUUAUUCCUGAUUAUUAUUUGACCAUGCUUGUCAUUUAUGAACAUUUUGAAAAUCUUGGCUCUCUCUAAUUUUCUCCUUCUCUCUUUCUCUCGGAGGACCUGAGCCCUAGGACCAUACGUCGGGACUACCGGCCGUGGUGACUCCUUGCUGCCCCCAGUCCGCCUGGCCUUGCUGCUAUUCCAGUUUCAACUCUUCUGCCUGCGGUUAUGGAACCCCUACCUGUCCCAGACCUGCUGUUUUCAACUCUUAAUGAUCGGCUAUGAAAAGCCAACUGAGAUUUAUUCCUGAUUAUUAUUUGACCAUGCUUGUCAUUUAUGAACAUUUUGAAAAUCUUGGCUCUCUCUAAUUUUCUCCUUCUCUCUUUCUUUCUCUCGGAGGACCUGGGCCCUAGGACCAUGCGUCGGGACUGCCGCCCGUGGUGACUCCUUGCUGUCCCCAGUCCGCCUGGCCUUGCUGCUAUUCCAGUUUCAGCUGUUCUGCCUGCGGUUAUGGAACCGCCACCUGUCCCAGACCUGUUGUUUUUCAACUCUUAAUGAUCAGCUAUGAAAAGCCAACUGAAAAUUAUUCAUGAUUAUUAUUUGACCAUGCUUGUCACUUAUGAACAUUUUUGAACAUCUUGGCAUAGUUCUGUUAUAAUCUCCACCCGGCACAGCCAGAAGAGGACUGGCCACCCCUCAUAGCCUGGUUCCUCUCUAGGUUUCUUCCUAGGUUUUGGCCUUUCUAGGGAGUUUUUCCUAGCCACCGUGCUUCUACACCUGCAUUACUAGCUGUUUGGGGUUUUAGGCUGGGUUUCUGUACAGCACUUCGAGAUAUUAGCUGAUGUACGAAGGGCUAUAUAAAAUAAAAUUGAUUGAAAAUUGAUUGAUUAA